GGGCAGAAAAGCCCCAAAAAGGGGGAGAAAAGCCCCAAAAAGGGGGGGAGGGUCCCCAAAAGGGGAAAAGGGACUUUUGGGGGGGUCUCACCCCUCCCUGAACCUGCUCCUGCUCCGCAGCCCCGCGUGGAACUGGCCUGGGCCAUGAAAGCUCAUCAGCACGCCCAGGUUUACUUCAACCUCAUCUCCUCCGUGGACCCCAAAUUCCUGAACCUCACCAAGGUGGACGAUCGGAUUUACGAGGAAUUCCGGAAAACUUUCCGGGAUCUGCGCGUCGACGUGCUGGACCCCGAGGAGCUSAAAUCGGAGCCGGCCAAGGCGGUGG